AUGUUCGGUAUCCCGAAGUUCUUUGGUUGGAGAGGCAGGUCUCUCAACCUGGCUAUUAGUUCUCUUGGAAGUCUUGAUUUUCUACUUUUCGGUUAUGACCAAGGUGUAACAGGUGGUCUUCUAGAUCUACCAUCCUUUAUCAAAUACUUCCCCGAAAUCAAUACCACCGAUGACACUAUCGAUAAAGCAACAAGAUCACAGCGCAGCUUGAACCAGGGCAUUUCGGUUGCCUCGUACAAUUUGGGUUGUUUUUUCGGCUCCAUUUUGACCAUCUUUAUUGGCAAUCCGCUUGGCAGACGACGGACUAUCUUUUGCGGCUGCUUGACUAUGGCCACCGGAGCUUUGUUGCAAGCGACUGCGUAUUCCCUGCCUCAUCUGAUUGUGGGCCGCAUCGUCACUGGGAUUGGGAAUGGCAUGAACACAAGUACCGUACCGACAUGGCAGUCAGAAUCCUCCAAGGCCCACGAUCGUGGAAAGAUGGUUAUGAUUGAGGGUAUGCUCAUCACGGCUGGUAUUACUCUCAGCUAUUGGAUAAAUUAUGGUUUCUCGUUCAUUGGGGAUCAGGAGGUAGCCUGGCGCUUCCCACUUGCGAUUCAGAUUCUCUUCGCCGUGGUCAUUUUCACCUCAAUUCUCAACCUGCCUGAGUCUCCACGAUGGCUUGUGAUGCAAGGUCGGAACGACGAGGCUCUGGAGAUUCUCGAAUGCCUCAAUGAGAAACCUCGAGAUGACCCCUAUAUUGUCAAUGAACUCAUUUCCAUCCAGGCAACCGUCCAGGAAAUGUCCAAGGGCUCUUACAGAAGUCUCUUUGAUAUGAGUGAAUAUCGUGAAUUUCAUCGCGUGGCACUCGCCUACAUCAAUCAGAUGUUCCAGCAAAUCUCUGGAAUCAAUCUGAUCACGUAUUAUGCACCUGUACUGUAUAGUGAGAUCGGACUUGGACAAGGCAAUUAUCCGAAGUUGUUAGCAGCUUGCAACGGUACGGAGUACCUGAUGGCUGCGUUUAUUCCCAUUUUUAUUAUUGAAAAAGUCGGACGUCGCCCUCUGAUGCUUUUCGGAGCCGCAGGCAUGUCCGUCUCGAUGGCUGUUCUUGCUGGCACUAACUACCGUCUAACGCACUUGAACGAUAGCCGGGCCGGCAUUGGACAAGCUGUCUUUCUUUUUGUCUUCAAUACCUUCUUCGCCAUCGGUUGGCUUGGCAUGACCUGGUUAUACCCAGCCGAGAUCGUGCCACUGCGAAUCCGUGCACCAACGAAUGCAUUGGCUACCAGCGCCAACUGGAUCUUCAAUUUCAUGGUGGUGAUGAUCACGCCAGUUGCGUUCGACAGCAUUGGAUACAAAACGUACAUUAUCUUCGCUGUUAUAAAUGCAUUCAUCUUCCCCUUCGUGUACUUUUUCUUCCCAGAGACGCGCUAUCGCUCCUUGGAAGAGAUGGAUACCAUAUUCAAAAAGUCGACAAAUGUGUUCAACGUCGUGUCUAUCUCCGUCAAGGAGCCUUACCGCUACGAUAAGCACGGCCAGCUUAAGCCCGAGUAUCUCGAAGAGGCCAUUCGCCGUGAGAGCAUCCGUCAUGAUGGGAUUGAUGUACACGUCGCCGGUGAGAAGCUUGACAGUGAUGACAGUGGGAAUGAAGUCAAAGCCUGA